AUGUCAUCAUCAUCAGAAUCGGAAUCAGAAAGCACCCCAAAGUUUUACGUAUCACCAAUUGCCUCGCCAAUGGCCGAUACUAAACUCACAGAUAAAGUAUUGAAGCUCGUAAAGAAGGCCUCAAAGGAUAAGAAAGUACGUAGAGGUGUCAAAGAAGUUGUAAAAUGUGUUAGAAAGGCUGCCAAAGAAGCCAAAGCCAAUAAAUUAAAGAUUUGCGUUAUUGCUGGAGAUGUUUCACCAAUUGAUGUGAUUUCACAUAUUCCAGUGAUGUUGGAAGAGAAACAUAUUAAAUAUAUCUAUGUACCAUCAAAGGAGGCUUUGGGUGCUGCCUCUGCCACCAAGAGACCAACCAGUAUCACUUUAGUCGAUUUGGAAGAUGGAUCUGAACACAAGAGUUUGCUUCAAGAAUGUGCUGAAAAGAUACCAGCUGUUUUAGAGAGACACGAAGAACAAAUAGAUAUAGAUUAA